CCGGGCAGAAGCUAACGAAGCUAACGAGGCUAACUACUACUAGCGGAUGUGCUAGAGCAGAUUGCGCCGAUGCCAACCCGCUGUCACGAUGUACCCAACGCCAACUUAACAUUACAAACGUCUUGGCUGUGUAAUUUUAUGAGCCCCAAGGCCAGCUAGUAUUGGGCGUUCUGAAGAACUAAGAAGUUAUUUUGUGUGUCAACAAGCAAGUGACUGAUCGAGUGGCAUGCUGGACGUGGGGAAGUGGCCAGUGUUUGCCUUCCUCCCGCCUGAGGAACUCGGCCUCAUCCGACAGGCGUGCGUUUUUGGAAGCGGCGCCAGCGAAGCCCUGUAUGUCACUGUCAACGACGAGGUCUUCGGUCUGGGCACCAACUAUAGCAGCUGCUUAGGUCUCGGCGACCUGCAGAGCACCAUCGAGCCGCGCAGGAUCGAUAUCCUCUGCGGGAAGAAGAUCGUGUCCCUCAGCUAUGGAACCGGACCGCAUGUGGUCAUUGCCACUUCAGAUGGGGAAGUUUACGCAUGGGGCCACAACGGCUACAGUCAGUUGGGCAACGGGACCACCAUCCACGGGCUAAUUCCCGCCAUGGUCUCCACCAACCUUCAGAACAAGAAGGUUACUGAAGUGGCCUGUGGCUCUCACCACACCAUUGCCCUCACUACAGAAGGAGAGGUGUACGCAUGGGGCUACAACAAUUCAGGCCAGGUGGGAUCGGGGUCCACUGCCAACCAGCCCACGCCGCGCCGGGUCAGCAGUUGCCUGCAGAGCAAAGUGGUGGUCAACAUAGCCUGUGGGCAGCUGUGCUCCAUGGCUGUGCUGGACAACGGGGAGAUCUACGGUUGGGGCUACAAUUGCAAUGGCCAAUUAGGUUUGGGCAACACCGGCAACCAGCAGACACCGUGCAGGGUCGCCGCUCUCCAGGGAGUCAAGGUUGUCCAGGUAGCUUGCGGCUACGCUCACACACUAGCGCUCACAGACGAUGGCUUCAUUUACUCCUGGGGGGCCAACUCGUACGGGCAACUGGGCACCGGCAAUAAGAACAAUUACUCUCUCGCCACGCUGAUCAGCACAGACAAGGAGAGGAUCGUGGAGGUGGCGGCAUGCCACACCAGCCAUACGUCCGCCGCCAAAACGCAGAGCGGGCAGGUGUUGAUGUGGGGCCAGUGUCGCGGUCAGGUGGUGACCAACCCGCACGUCACGCACUUCAGCUGCACCGACGACGUCUUUGCUUGCUUCGCCACGCCCGCCGUCACGUGGCACCUCCUCACCGUAGAUGGUGAUGACUACCUGACUGUCGCGCAGUCGUUGAAAAAAGAGUUUGACAGCCCUGAGAUCUCCGACCUUAAGUUCCUAGUGGACGGAAAGUGCAUUCAUGUGCACAAAGCCCUGUUAAAAAUCAGGUGUGAACAUUUUCGCGUGCUGCUGAACGAAACCGACGACGACACCAUCGAAAUCCACCAGUUCCCCUUCCUGGUGUACCGAGCCUUCCUGGAGUAUCUCUACACUGAUUCUAUAAACCUACCACCAGAGGAUGCUGUGGUUGCUCUCUGCCUCCUUGGGUUUCUUAGGACUGCUGGAUCUGGCCACCUUCUACCGGGAGAGCAGGCUCAAGAGACUGUGUCAGGAGACCAUCAAGAGGGGCAUCUCGGAGGAGAACGCCAUCACUCUGCUCUCGGCCGCAGUCAAGUACGAGGCCCGGACAGGGCCAUCUUCAUCUUUUUAGGACCUGGAGGAGUUCUGCUUCAAGUUCUGCGUCAACCACCUGACGUCCGUCACGCAGACGCAGGCCUUCGCCGAGAUGGACCACACCCUGCUCAAGAACUUUAUUAGCAAAGCCAGCCGCCACGGGGCCUUCAGAAACUGACACCCUCCCGAUCUCCUCCCCCCUUACUCGUGAUGACUUGACUUGAUUUCCAUGUUUGGCAGUCCAACACAGACCAAAAAAAAGCCCUAUGAGCAGGCGGAAGGUUGAGGUGUCUUUUGUGUCCACGUUUUCACCGGUUUAGUUUGCUGUGGUGGUACAGAUCUUUUCACUUAAUGUUUGGGAACAAUAGGUGCCAGGGUAUUUUCAGGUGGCAGAAAGCGAGUGUCUACCGCUGACCUGAACCGAAAUGACGACAAAAACUUGUGUUCGGAGUUGCAACGCCAGAAAAUUCCCCACAAAUAUUAAUCCAACAUAAUUUGUGGGUGAGAAGGAUAAAUCGAGUGGAUGUCGCGACCUGAUGUACAGAGCAGCUCGCAAGGCACCUGACAGGUAUGUAGAAAAUGUUUGCUGGAGUUGAAUUGUCUGAGUAAUUUAGCGAAACAUAAUGGCGAGCCUGCUAGUUGACGUCAACGCUGAAACAUGCCAUCCAUUUCAGUAGAAAAAGAGAAUGCCUGUGCCAUUAAUGUGGGCAACAGAAUUUCCACCACGUCUAUUUUUGAAUCAUCCUACUUGUUGAAGUGUAAAUUACGGCCAGCGUUCUGUGCAAUUUAACAUUUUCUUUUCAACUGACACUUGACGCAUUCAAACCAAAGCUGUAGAAAACAAAGUCUGGAUAAGCUUUGAACUCACUGCACUGCUCUCUCAUUGGUUAAAUCACAUGCUUUAUGGGCGGCAUGUUCCAAUUCCCAACAUUGUUGGAACACAAAUUCCAAUUAAAAUGUGGUAAUUUUUUAACAUUGAUUUCUUUGUAAUUAAUUAAUUGUGAUCAACACAUUAAUUGUUAAUUAAUUGUGAUCAACACUUUUUUUAAUUAAAAAAAAAUUGCGCUCAAGAGUAUCGUACUGUAUAAGAACACCAAUAACAUUUGCUCUCCACAAAUGUGGAGAGCAAAUGUUAUUAAAUGUGAGCACAAAACACACCGACACCUAAUGAUUUGUCCUUCCGUCUUCUUUGGGGUCACUUGGCUGUUGGCAAAGCAUCUUAUCACCAACUGAUAGUGUCCUUCCACUGUUAAGGAAACCAAUGUGAAUUGAUGGCGGCCGCAUCUUGUGACGUUUUCUGCCACCAUCUAGCUAAAUCAUAAGUCAAAGCACCAAUGUAUUUAUAGGGUGUGAAAAAAGCUGCCGACUGUCUGAAAGGGGCUACUAAAUCCAUGGUGUCACACUACACACAUACAACUGAUGAUCCCAGUUUUCCACGUACUGCAUGGUAUUGUUGACAGCUCUUUGUUUCAUGAUGUUCGCUGGAGGAAGUGACACAUUUAAACAAAAGUCGCACCGUUUGGGGAAAUGUGCCUCUAAAGCAAAAAAAACAACAAAUGUGUGACAUUCAAGGAUUAACUCCACUAGUAUGUGUUAACAAAAAGCAUGUACCUCUGCAUUUUUUUUUUCAAACUGCAUUCGUCCUUUUGUUUUUUAGUCAGCAAAAAGCCAGUAUAUCCAAAUUUUCUGACUUGCUUUUUUUUUUUUUUUUUUUUUUAAAUCGAAAAAAACCCAAAAUAAUUUCACGGUCAACAAAACGUAUACAUCCUUUUUUUUUUUUAAAUAAAGAAGAACAAAAAUAUUUGUUGACAAAAAGGAAGCAUCUCCAUAAUUUGUUUUAUUUUUUGGAUCUGAAUAAUUUAUUUGUCAACAAAAAGCACGUAUCGUAAUGUUUGUUCCUAUGCAAUAAACAACAAAAUUAAUUUUCUGUGUUGACAAAAAGCGUGCAUGUUCAAAUGACUUUUUUGUGACUUUAUAAAUUUCUCUCCCAAAAAACAAUAUUUAUUUGCACGUGUCAAUCUUUUUCCAAAGCUACAUUUUUUUUUACAAAAAGCACUUAUCGCCCAUGUUUGUGAAUUAUUAGAAUAUAGAAAUGUAAACUGGAAAAGCAACAACAAAUAUUUGUCUUUUAUAUCAACAAAAAUAAUCUUCAAAGUUUGGGUAUUUGAACUCUGAAAAUUAUUUCCUUUGUGUGCCAACAUAAGGAGGCAUCUUCAAAUGUUUCCCUUUUCCCCCGUAUUUAUCAACAUAAAGCAUAUAUGUCCAAAUUUGAUUAAUUAUCUGUAAAAAUUAUAAUAAAAAGGUUUGAAAUUAAAAUGUCAACCAAAAAAGCAUGUACAUACCUCCGUUUGAGGUAUCCACUAAAGCAUUUCUAUCUCGUCAGCUCGUUGUCUUAAAAGUCAAACGUCAGUCUUUUCUGUGUGUUUCUACUUUUACAUUUCUGGCUUCCCCUCAUGUCUUCCCUUGGUCAGCUUGGAAAUAAGUGAAUCGCUUCCUCGCAGCCCAGCCCGUUUCCGCCUCCAAGUGGCACGAGGGUGACGAGGUGCUGCCCGGCAUGUAAAGUAGGAGACAACAAAAGCCGCCCGUGUGGCCAUUUUUCUUUUCUAUUUCCAAUUGGCAGCUUGUAAUCAUCCAGAAAUAGGGAAAAGUGGGAAAAAAUGAUUUGAAACCAGUCUCGUCACCAUACUACACGUCUGGAAACAGAAUGUUUGGUUUAACGUGGUUUCUAUGUUUUGAGGCGUAUGAUUUAAUUCCAAAGCAGGAAGCUUCUUGAUUUGCAGUUGUGUCCUGUAUUCGGUGACAAAGAAUGUAUUGUUUGUUUUUUUGGCUGUAUGUGUGAGCUUUCACAAACCACACACGAAAUGUUUCUGUUGUUUAUAACUUACAGUUUAAAGCUGUUACCG